GCCACCGACGCGAUGUGCUGCUCUGAGGAGGAUGCCGCCGCGAUGACUUGCGUUCUCGAGGACCGCGCUCACGCGGACAUUCCUCUGGGCAUGGGGCGCGGGAACUUCUCGCGCGUGAGGGCCGAAGCCGAGGCGCGGCAGCUCCGCCAGGGAGUAGAGGGGGCGGGCGAGGGCGGGCGCGACGACUGGGGCGGGCAAGCCGACGCUGAGAUGCCCCGCUGCACGGGGCGCCCGUCAUCCGCUGAGUCUGACGAUGCCAGCUCUAGCAACAGCACCAACUCAGAGAUGGAAGGAUCUCUAGAGGGCGACGAGUCGGGCAUCCAGACAGAGGACGAGUCACAAGGGCAAGCGCCAGAAGGACUUGGAAAUUCGGGCGGCGACGACGUCUUUUUGCCGCUGAAGGCGCAGGGCGUCGGAGAAUCUGAAGAUGGCCCAGGCGCCGCUGACGCCCGG